GCGGGGCGCGCGCCUCUUUCUCUUCGACGCGGGCCGAGGUUCCUGGUGUCGCCAUGGGCCGCCGACCAGCGCGCUGUUACCGGUAUUGUAAAAACAAGCCGUAUCCAAAGUCUCGUUUCUGCCGAGGAGUCCCGGAUGCCAAGAUCCGCAUCUUUGACCUGGGUCGGAAGAAGGCAAAAGUGGAUGAGUUCCCACUGUGCGGCCACAUGGUGUCUGAUGAAUACGAGCAGCUCUCCUCUGAAGCCCUGGAGGCCGCUCGAAUCUGUGCCAACAAGUACAUGGUGAAGAGCUGUGGCAAGGAUGGCUUUCACAUCCGAGUGCGGCUCCAUCCCUUCCAUGUCAUCCGCAUCAACAAGAUGCUGUCCUGCGCCGGGGCUGACAGGCUCCAGACAGGCAUGCGAGGUGCAUUUGGGAAGCCGCAGGGCACGGUGGCCAGAGUCCACAUUGGCCAAGUCAUCAUGUCCGUCCGCACCAAGCUUCAGAAUAAGGAACACGUGAUUGAAGCCCUGCGCAGGGCCAAGUUCAAGUUCCCUGGCCGCCAGAAGAUCCAUAUCUCCAAGAAGUGGGGCUUUACCAAGUUUAAUGCUAACGAAUUUGAAGACAAAGUGGCUAAGAAGCGCCUCAUCCCUGACGGCUGUGGAGUCAAAUACGUUCCCAGUCGUGGCUCUCUGGACACGUGGAGAGCUCUGCACUCCUGAACUCUUUGGCAGCAUUGACUCCUUUGCCCAUGCUGGUCUCUCCGACAAGCUCACUUGAUAAAUUUUAUUUACUGACAAAAUAUAAAUAUUUUUAAACAUUCUGUUAAAUAGUUUAAAAUUGUUUAUCCAGUUUUCAGAAUAUAGACUCUGAGAGAAAUAAUUUUUCUAUUAAAGCAGAGUUCUUAACCGCACAUGAUAAUUCCCUUCAAGUGCGAAUGAAACAGUCUGUAUGUGAUUUAUGGAGAAAGUUAUUGCAGUUCUAAUCCAAACACUUUUAACCUGGGGCAGUAGGGAAAUAUGUCAAGAGUUUUGUUUUUAGCGAGGUCGUUAAUUAUGCAGCCAUUGUUACCUUGAGAAAAAAACCUCAAGAUUUGUAGAGAAAAAAUCGUUAUUGUUUAUGGAAAAUAAACAAUAGGGAUGAAAAUAA